ACUGGAUGGAUGAUGCAGACACAAACAGAAACAGCCGGAGAGAGGAGGGGGAACCGGAGAGAGAGAGAGAGAGGAGAAGCCAAAUCUCGGCUGCGAUUGUGGCCGGCGAGAUGGAGGCGGAGUGGUGGGAGUGGGACGGGACGGUCCUGCAGGACGCCGCGGAGAUGGACGAGCCCGGAAGGGUGGGGCUCGCCGCCGGGCUGCUCGACGUGAACCCAGGCCGCGGCCAGGAGAGGUUCGAGAGGGAGUGGGAGCAGAUGGAGGACGAGAUCUACCGCCAGGUGCUCGCCAUCGGCUCCUUCGCGAGGCUGGAUAAUGAUGAGGAUGGACGUAGGGAAUUCGGCCGUCAAACCGCACUGCACACCUAUCUUGGCGGUAAAUUAUCCGUGCCGACCUCCCAUGUUUUUAUGAUGCUAACUGCAUGUUCUAAAUGUCUCUUUGCAUGUCACUCAGACGUUGAUGAUAUACCGGGCAGAAAAGCUACUCUCUUAGAAGCUGGUUCGAUCCUCAGCCUGCCAAUGCUCUUUCUUCACGGUGUCGUCCUGUUUCCUGGAGCUACCUUGCCUCUGAAACUAAUUGAGGCUAGGUUUGUGGCAGCUGUCGAGAAGGCUUUAAGGCGUGAUGAUGCCCCGGGCACAAUAGGCGUGGUUCUCAUGCACGGACGGCCAAAUCAUCGAAACUAUGCUAAUGCUUCAGUUGGAACCACAGCAGAGAUACGGCAACUUGGACGGUCGGAUGAUGGUUCAAUAAAUGUUAAAGCACGUGGUCAGCAACGAUUUCGUCUGAUCCGUUACUGGUCGGAUGUUGAUGGGGUGGUGUGGGGUGAGGUUCAAAUCAUUGAGGAAGAUCCUCCACUAAGAACUCCAAGAGGUGCAUUUGCACAGCUAGCUGCAUCUAGGAGCUGCCGGCUGCAUACUUCUUCACCAGUUAUGAGCUUGGAUGUGCCACCAAUGAAACAACAGGGCCUUAUGGAUUCAGGCCUAGAUUGUGAUACUCCUGCAAGUGAUUCAAGUUCACAGUCUAGCAAUUCAACGAAGCCUUCUGGUCAGUCAGGCGAGAAUACCAACAUGGAUGAGGAGGAUUAUAUUUGCUCGACACCCUCGAGCUCAAGAACAGAUACAAAGCACCAGCACCAGUACAAUGCUGCUAAUUACUCGAAGAAGCCUCUUCAGGCAUCAUUGGCCUUUUGGCCUCAAUGGGCUUAUGAAAUGUAUGACCCAUAUUCACUUGCCUGUAGAGCUGCUGAUUUGUGGAGACUGAUAAUCAAAACGCCAAGCAUUGAUGAGCUUGUAAAAAAGCCAGAUCUUUUGUCAUUUUACAUCGGAAACCAGCUUCCAGUAUCGGAACCUGUGAGACAAAAAUUGCUGGAGAUUAAUGGGGUUUCGUAUCGCCUACGAAGGGAGAUCCAGCUUCUAAAGGCCUGUGAUCUCAUAAAAUGUGGAUACUGCAAGUCUGAAAUAGCAAAGCACAGUGAUGUGGUGGUGAUGUCUAGCGAUGGGCCUCUCGGUACUUACGUCAACAAUCAUGGGUACGUGCAUGCAACGAUUACUGUGAACAAUGCAACGGGGCUUGCUCUCGAGGGGGAACCCACAGAAGAACACAGCUGGUUUCCAGGAUACGCUUGGACUAUCGCGUCGUGCGUGCCCUGCGGUUCCAACAUAGGCUGGCGGUUCAGUACCACCAAGAGGCAUCUGCACCCGAAAUCCUUCUGGGGGAUCCGCAGCUCCCAGAUCGCGGAUGUUGUAGAUGUAGAACAACAGCAGGAGGAAGAAUGAUAUGCCGCCCUCCGUGUACAGCCAACCCUGCCUUGACUUGUGUCGUCUUCUUCCGUUUCCGCAGACAUAGAACCUCUCUUGUUUUUCUAGCCUAGCCCCAUAUAUACCCGCCUUUCGCCCUCAGAGUGGUAGCCAGUGAAGUUCCUGGGAGACUAGCGAACCUAUCUUCUUGACUGUGUUGUGUGUACCGUAGUCCGUUUCAGAAAUUUUCUGAGAUGCACCUAGGCUGGAUAAUAAGUUUUCCGGAUGCUAAACAAAGCAUGCCUGUGGAAGUCUGUCUGUACUUAAAUAAGUGCGUUAUGUUGGAAAAAGAAGUCUAGCUCCAUUUGAGAUGAU